AUGUUGGCGACCUCUAGCUCCGUGGAUUCCUCUCUCCGACUGAACAGUAUUGACUGGGAAGACAAGACUUUGCUUCCAGAAUUAGAAGAAUGGCCAUUGUCAUCUCCUGAGGAAGACUUUACACCCCACAUUUGUCAUUUGUGUUGCUGCCCUGAGCCGAUGAAAAUCUCUGCCAGAGGAAGACUCCAGUUCCUUCAACCUGGGCCCCUGAAGCGUGGCUGUGUGUGCGUGUGA